AUGGUCACAUUGAAAGGUGUUGAUUUGGAGUUGAUAAAGAUCAUAACUACAUUCACAUCCAUUGAUUUGUCAAAAAACAUGUUUGAUGGAGAGAUUCCACAUGUUAUUGGUGAGUUGCAUUUACUUAAAGGGCUUAAUCUCUCCCACAACAAAAUCACUGGUCCGAUUCCUCAAUCCAUUGCAAACUUGACCAACCUAGAAUCAUUGGAUUUAUCAUCAAACUUGCUUAAAGGUGAGAUUCCUCUUGCACUAGCAGAUCUUAACUUUCUUGAAGUUUUGAAUCUUUCACAAAAUCAGCUUGUCGGAGAAAUACCAACAGGUAAGCAGUUUGAUACAUUUUCACAAGAUUCUUUUGAGGGAAAUUUAGGACUGUGUGGAUUUCAAUUGUCAAAAGCAUGUAAUCAUGAUGAAGGGAAAUUACCACAACCAACUUCGUCAAGUAAUGACAAAUUUGGAUUUGGUUGGAAACCAAUGGCUUUGGGAUAUGGAUGUGGGAUGGUGUUUGGAAUAUUCAUGGGUCAAGUUAUUUUCUUAACUGGAAAACCUAAAGAGCUUGUCAGAAUUUUUCAAGCCAGGCUUAAGAAACAAGCAAAAAGGACAAGGAAAAGAGCCCAUCAGAAUCAAAGAGUGAAUUAG